AUGACAAGAAAGGGAGAGAUAUCGGACUUCUUUUUAAAGAAGCACAAACAGAGCCCAGCCCUUGCAUCACCACCGGGCCCCAGCCCUUGCAUCACCACCGGGCCCCAGCCCUUGCAUCACCACCGGGCCCCAGCCCUUGCAUCACCACCGGGCCCCAGCCCUUGCAUCACCACCGGGCCCCAGCCCUUGCAUCACCACCGGGCCCCAGCCCUUGCAUCACCACCGGGCCCCAGCCCUUGCAUCACCACCGGGCCCCAGCCCUUGCAUCACCACCGGGCCCCAGCCCUUGCAUCACCACCGGGCCCCAGCCCUUGCAUCACCACCGGGCCCCAGCCCUUGCAUCACCACCGGGCCCCAGCCCUUGCAUCACCACCGGGCCCCAGCCCUUGCAUCACCACCGGGCCCCAGCCACCGGGCCCCCAAAAAAAAUGCAUCAAGCACCAGAUGUGCUGUUCCAAAAGAACCCAAUGGUAG